UUUCCCUACCGGCAUUUAUCAGCGUGCAGAGGAAGAGAGAGCAGCUUCUGUCUGCUAUUUAUUUAUUUAUUGUAGAAACUUUUAAAACCCUCCAUCAUGCUCGGACUGUGCCUUUACGUUCCCGUGUCUAACUCAGACCCCGUGGAAGUGGAAUACUUUGAGUCUAACGGACUUCCCUCCGAGCUGAAGUCCCUCUUUAACAAACUGAGUGUGUUCCUGCCUUCUCAGGAGUUCUCAAGCUACCAAAGGUGGAGGAAGAAGACGGUGAAAAGGGAGAAAGACGACGCGGACGGGCAGCUGGACUUCGAGGAGUUUGUCCACUACCUGCAAGAUUACGAGAAAGACCUGAAGCUCGUGGUGAAGAGCCUGGACAGGAAGAAUGCAGGUCGCGUCGACCCAAAGGAGUUCAUCCAGUCCCUGCAGGACCUCGGUGUGCACAUCUCCCCCCAACACGCAGAGAAAGCCCUUCAGAGCAUGGAUAAGAACGGGAUGAUAACGAUCGGCAGUAAAGACUGGAGCAACUUCCCCAUGGAGGAGAAGACGGAGAACAUCCCUGAGAUCAUCCUUUACUGGAAACACUCCACGAUAUUCGAUGUCGGGGAGAACCUCAUGGUGCCUGAUGAGUUCACGGUCGAGGAGAAGAUGACUGGAAUGUGGUGGAGACACUUGGUUGCAGGCGGAGCAGCUGGAAUGGUGUCAAGGACGUGCACGGCCCCCCUGGAUCGAGUCAAAGUCAUGAUGCAGGUUUAUGGAACCAGAACCAACAACAUGUGCAUCAUGAGCGGACUCAUGCAGAUGAUCAAGGAAGGCGGGACGAGGUCGCUGUGGCGAGGGAACGGCGUCAACAUCAUCAAGAUAGCGCCCGAGUCGGCCCUCAAGUUCAUGGCGUACGAGCAGAUUAAGCGUCUGAUCGGCAGUGAGCAGGAGACUCUGAACGUGGUGGAGCGGUUUGCUGCCGGAUCUCUGGCAGGAGUGAUCGCCCAGAGCACCAUCUACCCCAUGGAGGUUCUGAAAACUCGCCUGGCUCUGAGGACGACGGGUCAGUACUCGGGGAUCUCUGACUGUGCGAAGCAGAUCUUCAGGAGGGAGGGGCUGGGAGCGUUUUAUAAAGGAUACGUCCCAAACAUGCUCGGCAUCAUCCCGUACGCCGGCAUCGACCUCGCCGUGUAUGAGACUCUGAAGAACAGCUACCUGCAGAAGUACGGCACCAACAGCACAGACCCCGGGGUGCUCGUCCUGCUGGCCUGCGGCACCGUGUCCAGCACCUGCGGGCAGCUCGCCAGCUAUCCUCUGGCUCUGGUCCGAACACGCAUGCAAGCACAAGCUGCGACGGGCGCCACGAGCGAGCAUGCGACGAUGAGCAGCCUCUUCAGGCAGAUCCUGCAGACCGAGGGUCCGACUGGGCUCUACAGAGGUCUGGCCCCAAACUUCCUCAAAGUGAUCCCGGCCGUCAGCAUCAGCUACGUGGUCUACGAACACCUGAAGACACAGCUGGGGGUGACAUCCCGCUGAAACCUUCCCUUUUGUCAUGUGACUGUAGAGCGAGAGUGUGACAUACCCUCCCUCACCCUCCCCUCCCUCAUGCUAGGGAAUCCCAGGGACCUUGUGGCCCCUCUGAGGGUUCGUGGAGCGAUCUCAUUCUGUGAAUGUCAGCUGAUGUAAGACGAGAAGGGGACAGUGAAAGGCCGAGGAUCUGGACUCUGUGAGCUCAGGGCUGACUGCUGCUAUUUAUGUUUUGAAAGAAGUGGUGCUGAGAGCGGAGGGAUGGGACUGAGAGUCCGGGACCAAGCGUUGAAUGUUUGGCUCUCAGAGAAACAGAGAUUUUGUGUUGUCUUGUGAGUUUGCACAUGUUUGAAGAAGUAUCACAGAGCUCUGCUGAGACGGCAGAGAGCAUUAUAAUGAGCGUGAGGAGAAGCUCUGCCUGUAGGAGGAGUGACUGUGUUUCCUGUACGAGAGGGUUUUUGCACACGUGAGUUUGAUCUCUCUCCGCCCCGUCCUGAAUGAAUGAUUAUUUAUUUCCAUCCUUUAUUUAUAGUUUUUAUUUUUGAGAAGCGAGGAUGAGUAACGCUGCGUGUUUCUGUCCGAUCAGCCAAAGCGUGCGAUUUAAAAAAAACAUGCAGUGAUGUCUUCAGGGUGGGACUGUCGCUCCGGGUGACGGCCUUAACGUGUGGCGCUCAAACACUACAUGUCGCCUGGAGAGGAGGGAGUCAGGACUUUGUGCUCAUGCUGCUUUUUGGAUGAACAGAAGUAACUUCAUUGUGGUGCAAACUGCAGAUCGUGUGCGUGUUCAUGUGUGUAGAUGUUUUCACCCGUUCUAAAGGUUUAAAUGUCUUAAAUGUUCGCCUCAGGUUUAAAGUCACACGACAAGCUUUUCUUCUUUUUGUUCGUUUCACAACGUUUAUCCUCGGAAAAACAAGGGCUGAAAAUAAUGAGCGACGAAUUGCACUUUAAUCAACGCUGGAAAGCCUCUGAAUGAACGAAUGUCAUCUCAAUCCAGGGAGGAAGAUUGAGCUCUUUUGUAAAGGAUGAGUUUUUAGAUUUGUUUUAAUGGACCACUUAAUGCAAAUAAAUGCAACUUCUUGUAA